AUGUCGACUAAUAAGAAAGUACAAUCCCCCAAGGAGGAGAGCAUCGCGAAGAUGCUCAUCUGUAAGGUUCACAUUGGAACGAAAAACCUCGAAAACAAAAUGAAGAGGUACGUAUACACCAGGGCCAAGGAUGGCGUGCACAUCCUCAACUUAGCCAAAACGUACGAGAAGCUCCAACUGGCCGCGAGAAUUAUUGUAGCCAUUAAUAACCCCGCAGAUGUAGUGGUGGUGUCAGCCAGACCAUUUGGAAGUAGAGCUGUUUUGAAAUUCGCUCAGUACACAGGAGCACAGGCUAUCGCAGGAAGAUGGACCCCUGGUAUGUUGACAAAUCAAAUUAUCCAGAAGUUUACUGAACCCAGAUUGUUAAUUGUAACAGAUCCAAGAACAGAUGCACAACCGGUUAAAGAAUCAGCCUAUGCAAAUAUCCCCGUUAUUGCUCUGUGCGAUUCGGAUUCUCCCCUAGAGCAUGUAGAUAUUGCUAUCCCAUGUAAUAAUAAAGGAAAGGAAUCUAUUGCACUUAUGUACUGGCUGUUGGCACAAGAAGUUCUAUACCUCAAGGGAACCCUGCCAAGAUCCAAGCCUUGGAAUGUUAUGGUAGACAUGUUUUUGUGGAGAGACCCAGAACAGUUUGAACUGAAAAAUUUAGCAAUCGAGGAAACAGCCCCCGCUGCUCCUCACUUGACUGAGAACCAGUUUGCCACGGAGGCUCCAUAUGAGGAGUGGAACAAGAAGGAAGAAUGGAAUGACAAUGCGAACGAGGAAUGGAAAAACCCCAUAGCCGCGGAGGAGUGGUAG